GUGUCGAGGAAGCCUACGCCUGUCUGACAAGUUCGGUUGUUUAGUUGAUGAUGUGUUCUUACGGGGAAUAAGAGAGGAAUUUAAAAAACAGCGUACCCGUCUUAUAAUAAGUGUACAAUGAUGAUGAAGUAUCAGUUACAUUGAUUAAGGAAGAACAUGCAACAUUGAAGUCUGCAAAAUGCCAGCUGUAUUCCCAGAGACGGGUCAAGGUCGUGCUUGAUGGCAGUUUUGGUGUUGCGAUGCGCUGGUGUCCGGGUCUUCUGUGGCUGGACCCCACUGCUCUGUCUGCUGGUAGGCACAUUGCUGGCGUUGCUGCUGCCCUUGGCUGGGGUGGAGGAGAAAUGCCGAGCCACCAUGAGGGGAUUUGCACUCCUCAGAUGCCACCUUUGGGGAAGUGGUAUGCAUUCCACUGCUCAUUCCACCAGCCUCACUGUUCCCUACACUGAGAUCGACAUCCUUUCAUAUAAACCCAAACCCAACGCAGAGGAUGUUUUGGAAGCCAAAGCAGCUCUCCACCAGGCACUGGAAAUGAAGCGGCUGGGAAAGCGGGAGAAAGCCCACAAGCUCCUGCUGCAUUCGCUCAACAUGAACCCGGACUUUGUGGAUGCCCUGACGGAGCUGGGCAUCAUCCUGGAAGAGGAGAAAGACGUGAUCCAGGCAGACCACCUCUAUUCCAAGGCGCUGGCUAUCUCUCCCUGCAACGAGAGGGCGCUGGUGAACCGGGACCGCACGCAGCCCCUCGUAGAAGAGAUCGACCAGAGAUUCUUCAGCAUCAUCAACAGCAAAGUGCGCAAGCUGAUGUCCAUUCCCAAAGGGAACUCGGCGCUGCGGAGGGUGAUGGAGGAGACUUAUUACCACCACAUUUACCACACCGUGGCCAUUGAGGGGAACACGCUGACACUGUCGGAGAUCCGGCACAUCAUCGAGACGCAGUACGCUGUGCCUGGGAAGAGCCUGCUGGAGCAGAACGAAGUGAUCGGGGUGGACGCUGCCAUGAAGUACCUCAACACCACCCUCCUGUCCAGGGUCGGGUCUGUCACCAUCACAGACAUCCUGGAGAUCCAUCGCAGGGUGCUGGGCUACGUGGAUCCCGUAGAAGCUGGCAGGGUUAGGACCAGCCAGGUGUUCGUGGGGCACCACAUUCCUCCUCACCCCCAGGACUUGGACAAGCACUUGCAGGAGCUGGUUCAGUGGCUGAACUCUGAAGAUGCCAUGAACCUGCACCCUGUGGAGUUCUCUGCCUUAGCUCACUACAAGCUGGUCUACAUCCACCCUUUCGUGGACGGCAACGGGCGCACCUCCCGCCUUCUGAUGAAUCUCAUCCUCAUGCAGGCCAGGUACCCGCCCAUCACCAUCCGCAAGGAGCAGCGGGCAGAGUACUACAACGCCCUGGACAUGGCCAACGAAGGGGACGUCCGUCCUUUCAUUCGCUUCAUCGCCAAGUGCACAGAGAUGACCCUCGACACUUUACUCAUCGCCACCACUGAGCAUUCUGUGGGCCUGCCUGAUGCCAGCAACAGCAACGCUUGCUCAGACUGCAAGCAGACAAUACCAGUCAUGAACUGAAACUGAGUGGGGGGAUCCAAAAUGUAGUAAAAGAGUUUGACCAAAACUCAAGUUUGGGUAGACGGCAGGCAAGUGGGUUGAUUUUCUUAAUGGGAUUUGUAUUAUUUCACAGAAAACAACACAUUGUCUUCCAAGCAGGAUAGAGCAUGAAAAAGAUUGCCUACUUCUUGCGAUUUGACUAUUUGGCAGUUUGUAUAACAAAUAUCGUAAUCUACACUGUGCCAAAUUGUCACAAAGUCGCAAAAUAGAAAAUUGUUGUUUUGCACUUAUGACACUUUAGGAAUUGAAGCAGUGGUCAUGCUUUAUAUUAACUGGGUGUUAAUAUCCAGAAAGCACUUCUACUUCUAGAUGUUAUGCCAAGGUAAUAAAACUGUAUUUCGCCAUGCUGUUGAUUACAGACCAAUUAUUAGGUAACCAAGAAAAUGAAUGUUUAUUCCAGUUAAAGGCAACACUAAAAGCUGUUUGUGGCAUAUAAGAUUUUCAAAAUUAUAGUUGGUGAUACAUAACCAGUUUUAUCAGUCAAGCAGGGUGUAUCCAGAUUGAAUAAAAACCUGGCCAUGCUUGGGUUUGGAU